AUGAUUGUAAUUCUGCUGCUGUCUAUGUCAAUGGUGUCGUGCACUGGUGGCCAGGAAUUGAAGCCACCAGCAUUUCUACCAGAGCUUCUUAACACACCUGAAAGAGUUUUAAGCAAUGCCACAUUCUUCAAUGGAGUCUUUCAAAAUGUGGAAAGUGUUGCAUUAUUUUUUGACUGCCUGGGUUCUCACUUCACCUGGUUACAGUCCAUCUUCACCAGUUUCCCUGCCCUGCUCAACUUUGUGAACAAAAUGAAGUGUGUUACUGGGUUUUGUCCCCGGGAUUUUGAAGACUAUGGUUGCUCUUGCCGCUUUGAGAUGGAAGGGCUCCCUGUGGAUGAAGCUGAUGACUGCUGUUUCCAGCACCGCAAAUGCUAUGAGGAAGCAGUGGAGAUGGAGUGCACAUGGGAUCCAUCAAAGAUUUCCACAGAUGUCAGCUGCUUUGCUGAAAACUUGACCUGUGAGUCUGAGGAUCCCUGUGAACAGUUCCUCUGCAGCUGCGACAAAGAUGCCAUUGAAUGCUUUGGGAAGACACAUAUUAACUCUUCCUUGAAUGGGCUGGAUAUCUCCUUCUGUCUGUCUCCAGUUACAGAGUUCCUUCAUCACGGGACUGACAAAACACAGGCUGCAACAGCGUCCAUGGAAGAAGUGGUUUCUUCUGAGCCCAGUGAGAUGGUCCUGGGGACUUCCAGAGCCAGAGUUACCACAGGGGACCACAGAGGUACAGCUCCUGCUCCCUCAGUCCUCUCGAUAAAAGAAGAAGAUGGAUUUAUGGAAGCUGUGGUCCUAGUGGAAGAGAUAACCACCUCCCCACCCUCAUUCCCAAGAGAUAUUAACUCAAUGCAAAUUAAAACUCUUCCCACAGAAAAGAUUCCUGCAGGCACAUCUGCAAGGAUGAAGGAAAAAGAGACAAGCCCUGCAAGGAGUGACCAGAGCACAGCUUCUCCUGGAACGGCUGUGGAACUGGUACUGUCUGACAGGGGACCCAAUGAGCCUGAAGGAAAAGUAUGUGAGCGAUUAACCUUUCUGCAAGACAGAGGAAAUGGGAGAGUGAAGAGGGAGCUGCCCCAGCUAGGAGAAAUGCUGUUCUGUUUAACUGAGCGAUGCCCAGAGGAAUUUGAGUCUUACGGUUGCUACUGUGGCCAAGAAGGAAGAGGUUACCCUACUGAUGCACUGGACAGGUGCUGUUUCUCUCAUCACUGUUGUAUGGAACAAGCCAAGAAACUUGGAUGUCACGCAGAAAGAAGUUCAAGAUCUGAAGUUGUAUGUUUGGAUCAUAAGCCAGAAUGUAUUGGUUGGAGCAUCUGUGAGAAACUGCUCUGUGCUUGCGAUAAGACAGCAGCUGAGUGCAUGGCUUCUGCCUUCUUCAACGAAAGCCUGAAGUUUCCACACAUGCAAGAGUGCCAAGAGAAUAAAGUCGUGUGCGGAAGAGACCCUUACGAAAGACCUUCAGCUGGCACAGAAGUAGGCACAGGGAUUUCCAGCUCUGAGGAGAGCAGUGAGGAGGAAGGUCCUCUGUGGAGCGUAUUAAGAAGGACAAAGAGAGAGACACAACCUCCUGCUGGAAACUCCAGAAGUGUACAGCCGGAGGGCAGAUAA